CAGAUUGGGUUGACAAAGUAAGACAAUUUAUUGAGUUUUGUGAAUCAAAUCCAAAAAUAGAUAGAUUGAACGGGCAGAUGCGUUGUUCUUGUAAGAUUUUGUCGUCAUCACGGAGGAGGGAGCUCGAUAAUUUGUUCCACAUUUCAGCGGAGGCUCGAUCCAACAGGGGUAGUUGGAAGAGACUAAGCGACGCGACAAUGAACUUUUACUGGAUAGAGUUUCAGAAAAAUCGUCGUGGCAAUGACGAGAGUGCCUCUGCUAGCGCCACGCACACCGGUGGUCCAUUGUCUUUUCGCGAGUCUCAAGCGAGCCUUGUAGUAGUGUUGGGCGGUGCUCCUUGGACCACACGGCAAGAAGGAGAGCAAAUCCCAUUCUAAGUGGGAUUGCUCUUGAUUUGUUUCCUUGUUCAUAUUUAGUGAUUUGUUUCCUUGUAGGAAUAGAAUUCCUUUUGUGUUUUGGUCUUUAUCCUCUCCUAUAAAUAAAGGAGAAACUCCUUGUACUUAGCAGAACAAUUCAAUAUACAGAAUAUUUUCCC